AGGAAAAGUAAACAACUGGCACCGCAACUAUCUCGGUGCAGCUGCAGUUUUUCGUUGUGUUUUUCAUUAAAUUGUGAAAUGAAAAAGUAAUAUUCUGUUCUACAAGUGUUUUGUACACCUAUUCGUUCAAGAAGCGAUCAAAGUUCGUGAGGGAUCAAAGUGGCAAAAGCGUCGAACGUCGAACACAAUGUUUACUGAUGGUGCAAGCAAAGCUGAACGGAUAAACAAUGACCGCACUCGCAACAGUAGUCAGUCAGUUCAAUUGCUACAAAGUGAAGAAGAAUACGUACAACUUCAAACUGCGAUACGGUUCAUGUGUGAACUAGUGAAUGUUGUGUUUUAUUUUGCUACCCGGUUUGUUAUGUCCCGUUCGUCGAUGGCUAACGAUGCCGCUGCAUUCCGCUGUAAAAUGGCCUAAUCAAUCGGUGAUCCACCCGAAUGCCGAAAGCUCGCUACGGAGAAACGCCACCCCAUAUGUGUGCAAUUUGCCCAAACCCCGCGGUAGCGGAUUUCGAUCAGCAUCGACCUUACCACCUCAUCUUUUUGGUGUGCCAUCGCCGCUUGUAAAGCCAGCGGAGAGAAAUCGUUUAAUGCUUAAGUUGAAGCUCACCGCUUGCCUCAGUGAUUCGUAAUUAAUUCAAUUUGGAACCGAUUCGCUCGACCGAUGCAUUUAUUUAUUUACAUUUAGCUGUCCGGUUGAGCCCGGUGUUGCAGAAGCCGCCUUGGUACAGUAUCUUCCAUGCUUAGAGGUUUAAAGUGCGAAAUAUUACCAGCGGACAGCGAUGCUGCAUUGGUUUGAAGCGACGUCAAAUGACUAUCAAAAUGAAGGCCAAAAACGCGGCGAUUGAUGCGCACCACUUUUCCCCCGAAAGACUGAACGCGCUAGUGAAUUGCAUGAAUCCACCGUACAGAAUGCCACCACAACCGCUCGGUGCGUACGGUAUGCAGCAUGACCAUCACUCCAGCAUACCGGGCACGGCAUCGACGGAGGCACACGUACUGAACACACCGCUCCGCACCCAUUCCUCCAAGUUUCCGAUUGAACGGGAACUGAUACUGUCGUCAAACAAAAAUUCUUCAAAAAUUCCACUCAUGCAAGACAACAGAAACACAAGCCUACCGGCAUUGUUGAAUCGAUCCUCAACGUCCGCUAUCGGGCCGGAUCUGCCAGUGAAACAGACGCAAGCAUGGAAUCAACCCCAGAUGGAUGUUAUACAUUCGGCCGUUGCUGGUUCGAUGCCACGCACGAUCGUGCGCUUCCCGGAAGACGUGACGGCGCUUGCCGAUCGAGGCGAUGGUAGCUUCCAGCGGGAUAAAGACGCCACGACGGUAAAGAAAUCCGUCACCAAGACGUACCACACUCUGAAGGACCUCAUCUCGUCCAAGUUCAAAAAGGAUGCCAACGAACAGAGCGACGAACUGAACAAUGUGACCUCAAUGCUGCAUGGGCACCAGUCGAACUUGGAUCAGGGUCAAUCAAGCAGUCAGCAGCAGCAGCAGCAGCAACACAGCGGCAACAAUCAGAGCGGAUCGUACAUGUACAGCUCGGCCUCCGACAACAACUUGCUGCAGGCACAGUCCAACCUAAACGUGUGGCCGUCCGGCAGCCAAACCAAUUCCCCACUGUACUAUCACAAGAAGUUCUCCGAUCCGGCGGAAAGCUUCGGUGGAUCGAAAGCUCUCUCCCAGCCGCAGCUAAACAUGGCCAGCGAACAGGGCAGUCGUAACACGCAGCACGUGGUCAGUAUGCUGCCGGCACCGGUGGAUGGUACGGAUAGUGACGAUGGUGGCUUUCGCCAGCACAGUGUCAGUCGCCAGACGAAUCAACCUCUGCCGAACGGAUCUGGACAGGGUCAGGGAGCGGCGAUGCACGCUAACCGGUCCACACCACAGCAACCCGCCUACAUCCAAAACUAUCGUCACAAUCAUGGCCAGCAGCAACAGCAGCAGCAGCAGCAGCCACACAAUCAGCAACAGCAGCAUCUACAGCAGCAACAUCACAUGUCGUAUCAGCAGGCUGUACAUAACGCCAAACAGCGAGCUGCCAUGGAGGGUGGCUCGGGUUCGAACAUGCAAACAUCAUCCUACAACACAACGGUGACAGUGGGAGAUCAAAGUGGAGGCCAUCAUCAUCAUCCGCAUCAUCAUCAUCACCACAAUCAGGGGGAGGCUGGAAUGCAGAAGCACACAAUCUCGGUCGACAUAAACAGUGGCUCGUCGGUCAACAUAUCCACCGGAGAGUCGCACGAUGCCGGAGCGUACGAUAAAAAUGGCAAUCACUCGUCGAACGUUGAUUCUGGUCGCGGUAGCUCCUCCAUGGCUACUGCCAGCGCUGACGCGGUGAUGGAGAAAAACAAAGUCAAAUCCGACGGUGAAUGGGUCGAUGUAGUUGAUGUGGAACUUCGAAACAUCCUCGAGCCGGGGAUGAAAUCGUUGAACCUUCGACCCGAGAGCACCAUGUCCGAAAGUGCCUCAUCAAUGUCCCCACCGCUGCCGCCACUAUCGCCGCACGAAACGUACAACCACAGCGUUGGGCAGACCAGUGGCAACACCCAGACGAAACCAAACAAUGCUUCCAAGCUACAGAAGCAAGAGUACGGCACGGAUACGUACAACCGGGCAAGCAAAAACCCGCAACCGAUCGGUCCCUCGAAGGGACAACCCUCUCCCAACACGAUACAGAACUACAUGAACCAUCUGAAGCUGUCCAGCAACAAGAAGCACGAGCAGAACGCCCUUAAAAAGCACUUGUUCGGCUUAGAUACGGAUGUUGCCUCGGUCACCAACACGACACGCUCGCUCGAUCUCGAAUCACUGCUCGGUGGUCCGUGGGACGGUGCCCAGUCCGUGUCCGAGUCGGAGACGGACGGUGGCGGGCUGCAGCAAAUCCGUAACCAGCUCGAGGGCCUAGAGACGAUGUACAGCGAGGUGCUGAAGAUGCUCGGCAAUCGUAUGGCCACGAACGAGUCAACGCUGCGUGCGAAUCGACGCCGACGGCACGGCAGCAUGUCGUCGCUACCGUCCAGCUCGAUCAGCGGCCGCCCGAUCCGGGACCGGCGAAGACUGGACGAGCGCCGUAAGGUGCGUGACAUCAAGGGCAUCAACAAGCGCUUCCAGCGGUUGGAAUCGCACGUCGUCACGCUUGCUCGCAGCGUGGCUCAUCUGUCGUCGGAGAUGCGCUCGCAGCACCUGGUGUCACAGGAGCUGGAGGAGUUGCGCAAUGAUCUCGCACUGCUACGCUCCCAAUCGAUGCACAACCUACCGAUGAACAGUAGCGGGAAUGCGGCGAACGCUUCCUCCCGGGAACCGAUCAAUCUGACCAACCCGAAGCGGGUCAAGAAGUUGACCAAGUUCUUUGGUGAAGAUCCACCGCUGAUGAAGCUGUUUCUUAAAAAGCUCGGCUACGAGAAAUAUGCUCCCAUCUUCGAGAGUGAACGCGUCGGUAUGAUCGAGCUGCCGUAUCUGGGGGAGGAACGGCUGCAGAAGAUGGGCAUCCCGCUCGGGCCCAGACUGAGGAUACUGCAGGAGGCGCAAAUAUCGCUGUGUCGCGAUACGACGCUCUGCAUCGUUUGAGCCGCGCGGAUCGUACGUGGUUAGGCUGAGCCAAAGAACUAAAAUCGGAAAAGCAAAUACACACACACACACAGAAGUAUUUUAGACAUCGCGUGAAAGUCUGCUCGGUGCAAAAGAUUAAGGUAAUGGGUGGGGAGAGGGAGGUGCUAGUUCAACUCAAGUCUCUCUGGCGUAUUAGUGGUGGUCUGCUUAUCGCGCCCGCAGUCCAGUGACUAGAAAAUUACGGAAUUAAAUCUCAUUAUACUAUAUAAGCAA